UGCGCAGCCGGGCGGCGCAGGUGAGACCGGCCGCGCCAUGGUGGACCCGGUGGGCUUCGCCGAGGCGUGGAAGGCGCAGUUCCCGGACUCGGAGCCGCCGCGCAUGGAGCUGCGCUCGGUGGGCGACAUCGAGCAGGAGCUGGAGCGCUGCAAGGCCUCCAUUCGGCGCCUGGAGCAGGAGGUGAACCAGGAGCGCUUCCGCAUGAUCUACCUGCAGACGCUGCUGGCCAAGGAGAAGAAAAGCUACGACCGGCAGCGCUGGGGCUUCCGGCGCUCGCAGCCCCCCGACGGCGCCGCCGAGCCCCGUGCGCCCGCGCCGCGCCCGCCGCCCGCCGACAGCGCCGACCCUCCGCCCGCUGAGGAGCCCGAGGCCCGGCCCGACGGGGAGGGGUCCCCGAGCAAGGCCAGGCCUGCGGCCCCCCGCCGGCCCGGGGCCGCCGCGCCCGCCGAGCGGGACGACCGGGGGCCCCCCACCAGCGUGGCAGCGCUUAGGUCCAACUUCGAGAGGAUCCGCAAGGGCCAAGGCCAGCCCGGCGCGGCCGACACCGAGAAACCCUUCUACGUGAACGUCGAGUUUCACCACGAGCGCGGCCUGGUGAAGGUCAACGACAAAGAGGUGUCAGACCGGAUCAGCUCCCUGGGCAGCCAGGCCAUGCAGAUGGAGCGCAAGAAGUCCCAGCACGGCGCGGGUCCGGGCCUGGGAGAUGCGCCCAGGCCCUCGUACCGGGGGCGCUCCUCGGAGAGCAGUGGCGGCCUCGACGGCGACUACGAGGACGCCGAGCUGAACCCCCGCUUCCUGAAGGACAACCUGAUCAACACCAAUGGCGGCAGUCGGCCCCCCUGGCCUCCCCUGGAGUACCAGCCGUACCAGAGCAUCUACGUGGGGGGCAUGAUGGUGGAAGGGGAGGGCAAAGGCCCGCUCCUGCGCAGCCAGAGCACCUCGGAGCAGGAGAAGCGCCUUACCUGGCCCCGCAGGUCCUACUCCCCUCGGAGCUUUGAGGAUAGUGGAGGCGGCUACACCCCGGACUGCAGCUCCAACGAGAACCUCACCUCCAGCGAGGAGGACUUCUCCUCGGGCCAGUCCAGCCGGGUGUCCCCGAGCCCCACCACCUACCGCAUGUUCCGGGACAAGAGCCGCUCACCCUCACAGAACUCACAGCAAUCCUUCGACAGCAGCAGCCCCCCGACGCCGCAGUGCCAGAAACGGCACCGGCAGUGCCAGGUCGUGGUGUCAGAGGCUACCAUCGUAGGAGUCCGAAAGACCGGUCAGAUCUGGCCCAGUGAUGGGGACAGUUUGUCGAGCAGGCUGCCUCAGGACGGCACCUUCCACGGAGACACAGAUACAUCCUUUGGAACACCACCUGGGUACGGCUGUGCCGCAGACCGGGCGGAGGAGCAGCGCCGACACCAGGACGGACUGCCCUACAUCGAUGACUCCCCCUCCUCCUCACCCCACCUCAGCAGCAAGGGCAGGGGCAGCCGGGAUGCACUGGCCUCCGGAGUCCUGGAGUCCACCAAAGCGAGUGAGCUGGACUUGGAAAAGGGCUUGGAGAUGAGAAAAUGGGUCCUUUCUGGAAUCCUGGCCAGUGAGGAGACUUACCUGAGCCACCUAGAAGCGCUGCUGCUGCCCAUGAAGCCUCUGAAGGCUGCCGCCACCACCUCUCAGCCAGUGCUGACCAGCCAGCAGAUCGAGACCAUCUUCUUCAAAGUGCCUGAGCUCUACGAGAUCCACAAGGAGUUCUACGACGGGCUGUGCCCCCGCGUGCAGCAGUGGAGUCACCAGCAGCGAGUGGGCGACCUCUUCCAGAAGCUGGCCAGCCAGCUGGGUGUGUACCGGGCCUUUGUGGACAACUACGGAGUUGCCAUGGAAAUGGCUGAGAAGUGCUGUCAGGCCAAUGCGCAGUUUGCAGAAAUCUCUGAGAACCUGAAAGCCAGAAGCAACAAGGAUGCCAAGGACCAGACGACCAAGAACUCCUUGGAAACCCUGCUCUACAAGCCUGUGGACCGGGUGACGAGAAGCACGCUGGUUCUGCAUGACUUGCUGAAACACACUCCCCCCAGCCACCCCGACCACCCUCUGCUGCAGGACGCCCUUCGCAUCUCACAGAACUUCCUGUCCAGCAUCAACGAGGAGAUCACGCCCCGGCGGCAGUCCAUGACCGUGAAGAAAGGCGAGCACAGGCAGCUGCUGAAGGACAGCUUCAUGGUGGAGCUGGUGGAGGGAGCCCGCAAGCUGCGCCAUGUCUUCCUGUUCACUGACCUGCUCCUCUGCACCAAGCUCAAGAAGCAGAGCGGAGGCAAAACCCAGCAGUAUGACUGCAAGUGGUACAUCCCACUCACGGAUCUCAGCUUCCAGACAGUGGACGAGUCUGAGGCCGCGCCCAACAUCCCCCUGGUGCUGGAUGAGGAGCUGGAUGCCAUGAAGAUCAAGAUCUCCCAGAUCAAGAGUGAUAUCCAGAGGGAGAAGAGAGCGAACAAGGGCAGCAAGGUCAUCGAGAGGCUGAAGAAGAAGCUGUCAGAGCAGGAAUCGCUGCUCCUGCUCAUGUCUCCCAGCAUGGCCUUCAGGGUUCACAAUCGCAACGGCAAGAGUUACACAUUCCUGAUUUCAUCCGACUAUGAGCGCGCCGAGUGGAGAGAGAACAUCCGGGAACAGCAGAAGAAGUGUUUCAAAAGCUUCUCCCUGACGUCUGUGGAGCUGCAGAUGCUGACCAACUCGUGUGUCAAACUUCAGACAGUCCACAGCAUCCCACUGACCAUCAACAAAGAAGAUGAUGAAUCUCCUGGGCUCUAUGGGUUCCUGAAUGUCAUUGUCCACUCUGCCACCGGCUUUAAGCAGAGUUCAAAUCUGUACUGCACCCUGGAGGUGGACUCCUUUGGGUAUUUUGUGAAUAAAGCCAAGACACGAGUUUACAGGGACACGGCUGAGCCCAACUGGAAUGAGCUGCAGGAGUUUGAGAUUGAGCUGGAAGGCUCCCAGACCCUGAGGAUUCUGUGCUACGAGAAGUGUUACAACAAAACCAAGAUCACUAAGGAGGAUGGCGAAAGCACGGACAGGAUCAUGGGGAAGGGCCAGGUCCAGCUGGACCCCCAGGCCCUACAGGACAGAGACUGGCAGCGGACUGUCAUCGCCAUGAAUGGGAUUGAAGUGAAACUCUCGGUCAAGUUCACCAGCCGGGAGUUCAGCUUGAAGAGAAUGCCCUCCCGAAAGCAGACGGGGGUCUUCGGAGUCAAGAUUGCCGUGGUCACCAAGAGGGAGAGGUCCAAGGUGCCCUACAUUGUGCGCCAGUGCGUGGAAGAGAUCGAGCGCCGGGGCAUGGAGGAAGUGGGUAUCUACCGCGUGUCCGGAGUGGCCACAGACAUCCAGGCACUGAAGGCGGCCUUUGAUGUCAAUAACAAAGAUGUGUCUGUGAUGAUGAGCGAGAUGGACGUCAAUGCCAUCGCCGGGACCCUGAAGCUCUACUUCCGCGAGCUGCCCGAGCCCCUCUUCACCGACGAGUUCUACCCCAACUUCGCCGAGGGCAUCGCUCUUUCAGACCCUGUUGCAAAAGAGAGCUGCAUGCUUAACUUGCUGCUGUCGCUCCCGGAAGCCAACCUGCUGACCUUCCUCUUCCUCCUGGACCACCUGAAAAGGGUGGCAGAAAAGGAGACAGUAAACAAGAUGUCCCUGCACAACCUUGCCACGGUCUUUGGCCCCACGCUGCUCCGGCCCUCGGAGAAGGAGAGCAAGCUCCCUGCCAACCCUAGCCAGCCCAUCUCCAUGACUGACAGCUGGUCCCUGGAGGUCAUGUCCCAGGUCCAGGUGCUGCUCUACUUCCUGCAGCUGGAGGCCAUCCCUGCUCCGGACAGCAAGAGACAGAGCAUCCUAUUCUCCACUGAAGUCUAAAGGCCCAACUCCAUCUCCAAGAGGCCAGCAGAACAGCCUGGAAAACUCCUGGCGAAACAGGCCAUCCAUACAGCAGGAACCGAAUCUUCUUGAGGAGUAAUUGGGCCACCCCUGAGAGCCAGGCCAUCUGCCAAGAGACAGCUAGCUACCCAAGGCAAAAGGCCCAGUGGCCUGGGCAGUCUGGGCCCCCAUCCUGUGGGCCUUUGAGCUCCCGGCUGGCCUCAGACUCUGGUUUUCCAUACUGCCACCAGAGGGCGCCCCAAAGCCAGCACAGCUCAGAGUGCGGGCCUGGCCAGAGACCAGGCGAAGGGAGUGGUUUUUAUGAACUUUUCAGAGUUUAAAAGAUUUCUACUGGAUCACUUGUCAAGAUGCACCCUCUCCAGGGAGAAGGGAACACGGCUAGAUUCCCUCACUAUCGUGUCUUGAAUAAACACUGCUGCU